UAGUAGAAGGUCACAAGUCACAAUGGCAAGCACCAAACUAAUAGCACUGAGUUUCAUUGUCCUCAUGAGCAUGGGGUUAGCCAAUGCUGCAAGGGUGGCUAGAUACUCUAGUGCCGGUGGAACAGGCACGGGAGAGGGAGGGGGUGGCGGAUAUGUGAAUGGUGCGGGAUCAGGGUCUGGGUCCGGCACCGGCUUAGGUGAGAGCAGUUCAAGUGGUGUCCACACAACUGUUAGAGGGCGUGUAACUAACCAAUAUGGUGGGAAUGGUUACGAUGGAGGGUCCGGGUCAGGUUCAGGGUCUAGUACAUAUAAUCAAGCAACCUAUUUUGGUUAUGGAGAACCUUCGAACGCUGGUGGUGCUGGAGGACAAGCUGGAGGUUACUGGGGAUCUAGUGCACAGGGGUAUGGUAGUGGCACUGGAUCUGGCUCUAGCUACUCUAACCGGUAUUGGUACGGACCUAGUUCUACAGGUGCCAAUGCUAAUGGUAAUGGUGGUGGGUCUGGGUACGGCAAUGCAAACCCCUGAUUUCUGCAUCAAAUCAAUCGAAACUAGGACUCCAUUGUCCUUUGUUGUUUGAUGUCGUGCAAUUUCGAUUUCUUUGUAUGUUUGUGAUGCUUUUGUUGCAAUCAAAUUAAUAAAGGGUCCAACUGUUCUUGUAAAUGUAGCAUUCAGCUCAUGAAAAGAUGUUGUAACCAUGUCAGUUCAUCGAUACUCAUUUGCCAUUUGGUACUGUA